AUGCCCAACCGCUGCUACAACGUCAACUGCACCAACAUCGACGACAACAUCAAGUCUGCAAAAUGGGACGGCCUCCCGAUCACAGGCUUGGCUGGCAAGGCCUACCUCACCUUCUACGCCGACGUCAACUGCCAAGGCAACAAAACGACGUCACUGCUUCCUCACAACGGAGGCGUCCGCGAGUUCGUGUACCCCGACGGAAUCUCCUCCUUCAUGGUGCGAUCGGAGUCCAGGAGAAGACUGCACGGAAUUGUCAACGUCUGCAGCUGGACCGGCGCCGAAACUCUCGGCGGCUACGUGGCCGAAGAACAGAACGACAGUCGUUGA